AUGAAGGAUUUGAUAGAGAAGAAAGAAUAUAUAGAAAAUCAAAUAAAUGAACUUAAGAUAAUAGCAGAUGAGUUUUCUAAAGACAAUGAUAUUAUUACAGCUAAAUUAAUGGAUACCAAAGAAACACACAAUCAGAUAUUGAGGAAUAGAAAUCAAUUAAAGGUUGAAUUUAAAGAAAAGUUAGACAAGUUUAAAAGGCUAAUAACCUUAGUAAAUAAAUAUAAAAAUAAUCAGAAGAAGUUAUUAUGUAGACAGUAUGAAUUGCAAUUAGAAAACUUAAUUAAUCAAGCUAAUCAAAUAGAAUUUAAAUUUGAUACAAACAUAUUCACUGAUUUUGAUAAGCUUAAAGUUAUUAAUUCAUCCAUAUUUCCUAUCUUUGAUCAAAAGAAGAAUGAAUAUUAUGAGCUGCAAAAGAGAAGAUUGAAAGAGUACAUUUUAAUGAAUAUAAUUAACAAUGAUAUGGGUGAUAGGAUUUAUAAUUUAAAUCUACUAUCUAUGUAUGAAAAUCAUUUUAAUGAAUAUGUUUUAUUUCCUUAUAUAAAGAGAAAAAUAGAACUUAAAUUUGAUUAUCACUUUAGAGGUAACAAACCAACUAAUAGACUUGAUAAACCUGAAAAUAUGUUUGAUUUUUUUAUUAAAGAAUUAGGUGAAGCUUAUGAUUUAUAUGAUAUUUACAAGGUAGCUAUAGAUAAAGAACCACUAUUUGAAUUUUCUCAAAUAAUUGAAUUGGUGACUGAUUUGGCUAAUUUGAAGGUUAGUGAAAUUAUGAACUCAAGAAGUUUACAAAAGAGAAGCUUAUUACUUCAUUUUGUGGAAGAAUAUGAUAAGUUUGGACAAUCCAUCAAUCAGUUAUAUAAUUAUCAAAUAAGUAUCGAAAAGAUAUGUCUUACUGUUACUAAUAUGCAAAUUGAAUUUAUAGAUAAGAGAAUGAAUGAGAUACAUCAAAUGAGUUAUGUUCAGUGGUUUAAAGCUUAUAAAGAAUUAAUUAAAGAAAACUUUCAAUUCAUAAUAAAGUACAAGUUUGUAUUAACUGAUAUAACACUUGAAGAUACAAUUUCAUUUAUAAAUCUUCAUUCAAAAGAAUUUAUUGAUAAUUUAAGAUUUAUUAAUAGAGAAGAAAUCAGAGGAUUAUGUUUGAUUUAUUCUAAUAUUGAAAAUUUAAAGGAAUUUAUUUCGGAUGAGGAAAUACAAAUAAGAAAUAAUCAUGUACAAGUACCUGAUAAUUUAAUUGGCAGAAGUUUGGAAAUACUUUCAUCACUCAACUCUGAUAUAUUUAAAUUAAUUAAAAAUUUAGUUGAAAAUGAUGCUGAUAAAUUAAUAAGAAGGCUUCAUCCAUUUAACUACAUUAAUGAUGAAUCUAAAAGAUUGUUUAUAAUUGAAACUGCAAGAGUGUUAGAAGAUUAUAAGAUGUGUGAGAAUUAUAAUGUAAUUGAUAAUUUACUUGCUGAUUAUUUAGAUGCCUUUAUUCUUGAAAAUGUAAUAUUAUCUAUUAGAUUUACAUCAAAUGAUUUUUUAGAGUUUAGAACAUUUUAUAACAAACUAAAAAAUGUUUUUUUAGAAAAAAAUUGGAAUUCUGAUGAAGGAUGUGCUGCUAUAGAGGCUUUGUUUGAUGGUAGAAGUUUAAAUACACGUCUGUUUGUUGUUGUAAAAAGAUUAUAUGUAGAUCAAUAA